UCUCCCCCGCUCCUCCUCCUUCCUCUCCCCCUUCCCCCUCUCCUCGCUCUCUUCCACAUCCCUCCAUGUUUGACGAAUUUCCGGCUCCGGCCGUGCGCUCUGAGCCAUGAUGGCGGAUACCAGGAGUCAGUUGUAUCUGGGCGCGGGGCUGACGGUCUUCUCCCACCCGCUCAUGUACGUCAAGCUGCUGAUUCAGGUCGGUCAUGAGCCCAUUGCACCAGUGAUGGGUCGAAACAUCUUCAGACGACCAGUUCUCCAGCUGCCCGGACUCUUUACAUAUGCCAAGCACAUUGUGAGCAUCGAUGGAAAGCGGGGUUUGUUUAAAGGCCUAACACCUCGCUUGUGUGCAGGAACCAUUGGGACCAUUGUACAUGGCAAAGUACUGCAGAGCUAUCAGGAGAUGAAAGAAAAUGAGUGCACCGAAAUGGAGAAAACUGGGCAGGAGCCAUCACUACACCAUGUGGUUGAAGAGACAAUGCGAGAGAUGAUUGCUCGUUCCACAGCCACUAUCGUCACUCAUCCCUUUCACGUGAUCACAUUACGAUGCAUGGUGCAGUUCAUUGGCCGGGAAACCAAAUAUGGUGGGCUAUUUGGUUCCAUAGUAACGAUCUACAAGGAAGAGGGAGUUUUUGGCUUUUUUGCUGGUCUGUUUCCUCGACUGCUGGGUGAUGUGAUUUCCUUAUGGCUUUGUAACAUGUUGGCCUAUCUCAUCAACACCUAUGCAUUGGAGCCCCCAAGUCAGGGUUCACACAUCGGGGAGCUGAGGAGUUACUCACAGGCCGUGACUGGGUUUCUAGCCAGCAUGCUGACCUAUCCCUUUGUGCUUGUGUCCAACCUGAUGGCGGUCAACAACUGUGGGCUGGCUGGUGGUCUCCCCCCUUACGCAGCAGUGUACUCUUCAUGGAUUGACUGCUGGCACCAACUGAGCCAAGAGGGAAACCUGAGCCGAGGAAACAGUCUAUUUUUCCGGAAGGCUCCAGCUGGACGAAUGUAUGCAGUUGAACAAAAACGAUUUGUAUAGAUGCACGAAGUGAUGAGCUGCAAACUGAAAGGGUGAGGGUGGGAGGUGCAGUCUAAUUUGUAUGAUUGUGUUUUCAAUUACAUACAUGCAGUUUUUAAUGAUGUAUUGUUGAUCCACACCGGCAAAAUGAAUUAUUUUAUGAUGGAAUGAGAUGGUAUUUGAUUUAAAGAGGAACAUAUUUUAAUUCCUUGUUUGUUACCCAGUGGUUUGUACAGUGAGUGGUUUCUUUGUGAAAAUGAGGAUGGUGUUCUGAGUGCCAUGUUCCUGGGAAUGGGGUACUCUGUCCUCGCAGCAGCAUUCCCAGGUGAGAUCUGAUGCUAUAGUAACCCACCUCUCACUUCCAGCAGCAUCAUCAAGUCUGUCUUACAUGUAACAGCAGUAUCUGAUAAUCCCAGAACGAAUACUGUUCAAAAUUUCUGGUCUAACUGACUCCUUGCUUAACUGUGUCCUGCCCAAGUGUUUGAUAGUGAAUGAAGAGUGGAGGAACAAUUCUAUCUGUUACUGCAACCUCCUACUAUUAGUAGCUGGGAUGCCAGUGGACUACUCUUUAAUGGAAAAAGCGGAUGUCUCUCCUGCUGCUGAUGCUCUUCUCUUUCGUCGUCUCCUCACCAGGAAGGAGGUGGGCAGCACUGAAGAUACCCUGUACCUCACUAUGUUGAUCAGCUUGCCUGAGUGCGGCCCAAGUAAUGAGCUGUUGGACUGGGGAGGGGAUGGCGAUGGCUAUGAUGGUUAUGGGGAUGUUGCAGCCAGUCUUGAUCUUGUUCACCUGCUUUCCAGCAGGAUGUGAUCAGGAGCUGGGACUCUGUCUGGUUUCCCUGCUCCCAACAGAGGCACCGAGAACAAUUAAAACAGUACUGCAGCCCGGCCUGCAACUUGUUUAAUUUGGCGUGGACCAUGGAUUCCUCCUGGGGAUUUUGUGACCAACCCUCCUGUCAAUCUGGCACUGGGCCAGUUCCUUUUGGACUGACAGGAUAAGAUGGGCAUCAUUUUCCUCAGUUCUAUUUAGAAAUGAAUAUUUUCACUUUUGUUUCCCCUGAUCCUGUAAUGGGACCAGUCAGUACUUGGGGAUCCAGCUGAUGUGAACGUUCCAAAGUCCUUGUGACAGUCCUGUCUGCAGUAAGUGUCCCGAGUCAGCACUGGGGAGUGUUGUAUAGCCCUCCAACUGCACUGAUUCCUUGCUGAAUGAGGUACAAUGAUAAAAGAGCAGUAAAGCAGGCCUUUAUAUGUAGGAUUCAUCAACUGCCAUGUGUUGGAGUCUAUUUAAUAAAACAAAUUUGCAUAGCA